UUUUGAUUCUGUCAACUGAUGUACUGAUAGCUAGCUAGGUUAAGCUUGGCAAGUAAAAUCACAGACACACAAUUAGCAUUAUAAGAUUUGCACUUGACCAGCUACUAGUAUUUCAUCAGAUUCGUUUGCUCUUCAACUCGUGGAAGCUAACACUGCGCUGAUGAUGUCGUAAGGAGAGCUGUUUAGCAACUCAAGGAUGGAGGGUCAAGAGUCAUCCUGUUCCUCAGCUACACCAGAGAGAAGCUCCAACACUCCAGAACCAGUCAGGUCCUCGACCUCCAAACACAGGAAGUCACCUAAGAGACGACGGGAGGAGAAGAGGUCCCAAUGCCACCAUCAGGAUGACCAGGAACACCUGUUGCUGCCCGAUGGCGAGCAAAUCAGGUUGCCGGGCCAACACGAACACUCCGAACCCUCUGGGUCUUCGACGGCAGAGAUGGCAGAGACCUCCCCUAAGAGGAGAGCUCACUUUCUCCAUGGACCAUAUCCUGCUACUCACUUUGGACCCAAAGCCUGUAUUCUUCCUAACCCAACCUCAGUCAUGCACAUCCAGGAUCCAGCCAGUCAGCGCCUGACGUGGAACAAACCACCAGUCAACGUUUUGGUCAUCAGGAAGAUACGAGACGAGAGCCUAGUAGAACCAUUCAAAGAACUCUGCCACUUCCUCGUUGAGGAGAAGGGUAUGCUGGUGUUUGUGGAGAGGAGGGUGGUGGCUGACGUCUCCCUGACUACGGACGAGACCUUCGCCACAAUCCGAAAACAACUCUGUACCUUUAGAGAAGGUUAUGAUGACAUCUCUCACUGUAUUGACCUCAUCAUCUGUCUGGGAGGAGACGGGACUCUACUCUACGCCUCCUCUCUCUUCCAGGGCAGUGUUCCUCCAGUUAUGGCGUUCCAUCUGGGUUCUCUGGGUUUUCUGACACCGUUUAAGUUUGAAUCAUACAAGACAGAGGUGGCUAAAGUUUUUGAAGGUAAUGCAGCCAUCACACUGCGUAGUCGUCUGAAGGUGAAGGUGGUGAAGGACAUGCUCCAGAGGACAGGCCAGCCAGGCCAGCAGCAGUACCAGGGGUCUGGGGGCCAAGGCCAAGCUGGGGGCCAGCCGGACACAGAGCACAAUGGCCUGCUGCCCCAUGGACACGCCAACAGCGAGGCUGGGAACAUUACCCUACAGAUGCAGGUUCUGAAUGAGGUGGUGGUGGACCGAGGCCCUUCCUCCUACCUGUCUAAUGUUGACUUGUACCUAGAUGGACGCCUCAUCACCUCUGUACAGGGAGACGGUGUGAUCGUGUCGACCCCUACAGGCAGUACAGCGUACGCAGCAGCAGCGGGAGCCUCAAUGAUCCAUCCUAAUGUCCCGGCCAUCAUGGUCACACCGAUCUGCCCACACUCCCUCUCCUUCAGACCCAUAGUGGUGCCUGCUGGGGUCGAGCUGAUGAUCACCCUCUCCCCUGACGCCAGAAACACUUGCUGGGUGUCGUUCGAUGGCAGGAAGAGACAGGAGAUCAGCCAUGGAGACUGUAUAAAGAUCACUACGUCGUGCUAUCCGGUACCAUCCAUCUGUUGUCAUGAUCUGGUGUAUGACUGGUUUGAGAGCCUGGCUCAGUGUCUGCACUGGAACGUCAGAAAGAAACAAGCUCGUCUGGCUGACGAUGUCUCGGACUCCUCAGAUACAGAGAACUGAACACACACAGACAGACAGACACAUGCGCACAGGAAUUGAAAACACACAAGCACAUAAGAAUAUAUACAGUUGAAGUUGGAAGUUUACAUACACGUUGGAGUCAUUAAAACUCGUUUUUCAACCACUCCACACCACUAGUUUGGCAAGUCGGUUAGGACAUCUACUUUGUACAUGACACAAGUAAUUUUUCCAACAAUUGUUUACAGAUUAUUUCACAUAUAAUUCAUUGUAUUACAAUUCCAGUGGGUCAGAAGUUUACAUACACUAAGUUGACUGUGCCUUUUAAACAGCUUGGAAAAUUCCUGAAAAUGAUGUCAUGGCUGUAGGCUAAUUGACAUAAUUUGAGUCAAUUGGAGGUGUACCUGUGGAUGUAUUUCAAGGCCGACCUUCAAACUCAGUGCCUCUUCGCUUGACAUCAUGGGAAAAUCAAAAGAAAUCAGCAAAAAAAUUGUAGACCUCCACAAGUCUGGCUCAUCCUUAGAGCAAUUUCCAAAAUUCUGAUGGUACCACAUUCACCUGUACAAACAAUAGUACGCAAGUAUAAACACCAUGGGACCACGCAGCCACCGUACCACUCAGGAAGGAGACGCGUUCUGUCUCCUAGAGAUGAACGGACUUUGGUGCGAAAAGUGCAAAUCAAUCCCAGAACAACAGCAAAGUACCUUGUGAAGAUGUUGGAGGAAACCAUUACAAAAGUAUCUAUAUCCACAGUAAAACGAGUCCUAU